AUGAAGCCUGAUUCUCAAAGGCCACAUAUCACUGAGCAACCUCUUACCUUCAGCAACUGGUACCUUCAUGUCAAUUGGGUCAAUACAACUCUGAUCCUCAUCGUACCACUUUUUGGCUGCGUCGCUGCCUUUUAUACAGAGUUGCGCCUUGCCACAGCUGCCUGGGCCAUUUUGUAUUAUUUCUGGACGGCUCUUGGAAUCACCGCUGGUUAUCAUCGUCUUUGGGCUCACCGUUCAUAUGAAGCAACCCUGCCUUUGAGGAUAUUUCUUGCCUGUGUGGGUAGUGGUGCUGUCCAGGGCUCUAUCCGUUGGUGGAGCAGCAAGCAUCGCGCACACCACAGAUGGACUGAUACCGUUAAGGACCCAUAUAGCGUUCGGAAGGGAGUUUGGUACUCCCAUUUCAUGUGGAUGGUGAUGAAGCAGAACCCCAAGGACCGUGGCCGGACAGAUAUCUCAGAUUUGAACCAGGACCCGAUCGUGGUGUGGCAGCAUAAGCACUAUGGCAUGUUCAUACUCGCUUUCGGGGUGUUGUUCCCUAUGACUGUGGCUGGGCUUGGCUGGGGCGAUUGGAAGGGCGGUCUGGUAUAUGCUGGCAUCUUGAGAUUCCUAUUUGUUCAACAGGCGACAUUCUGUGUCAAUUCCUUGGCUCAUUGGCUGGGUGAACAGCCAUUUGAUGACCGAAACUCGCCGCGCGAUCACGUUUUUACUGCACUGGUCACUCUGGGCGAAGGAUAUCAUAAUUUCCACCAUGAGUUUCCCUCGGACUACCGUAACGCUAUUGAAUGGUGGCAAUAUGAUCCAACUAAGUGGUCAAUCUGGAUGUGGAAGCGACUUGGCCUCGCUUCCAAUCUCAAACAGUUCCGUGCAAAUGAGAUUGAAAAGGGUCGUGUGCAACAACUGCAGAAGAAAGUCGACCAAAAGCGAGCCAAAUUAGACUGGGGCAUUCCUCUCGAACAGCUGCCCGUGGUCUCCUGGGAUGAUUUCUUGGUUGCUACACAGAACGGAAAAUCUCUCACUGUCAUUGCUGGUGUUAUCCACGACGUGACAGGCUUUGUCAACGAACACCCCGGCGGCAAGAUCCUGAUCAGUUCGGCGGUUGGAAAGGACGCAACGGCUUUGUUCAAUGGCGGAGUGUACAGCCAUUCUAAUGCGGCGCAUAACCUUCUUUCCACUAUGAGAGUUGGUGUGAUCCGUGGAGGUGGUGAGGUGGAAAUCUGGCGACAGAGAAAUGGAGACAAGCAUGCAGCCCAUGUUUCUCUUUAA